AUGUCAGUCUUUGAAACUGUUACUGGCCCUAACGCCACUUUCCAAUCAAUAAUUUUGGUACUAAAGUUCCCUUUCCUAUAUGGCCAUACAUGCCACAUGAUAAACGUGAAUCUAUUCUUAAUACUACAAUCCCUUUUCUUUGGCUAUAUAAAGUCCUGCAUACCAAACUUGACAUACCUACAUAAUACAAAGCAACAAGUUUUACUCAAAUUGCUCCAUUCUGUCACCCCAACCCAGAAAGAGCACAACCACUUUCAGGAGAAACUGAACAUGUUUAGUGUUAAGGAAUUAGUUGAAUCCAAUUGUACGAGCUCUGUCCCCUCCAACUACGUUUGCCUUAAAACCCCCGAAGAUUCCAUUUUGUAUGAUGAGACAGACAACAUUCCAACCAUCGAUUUUUCCCAACUCACCUCUUCCAAUCCCGAUGAACGCUCCAACGCAAUCCACCAACUAGGUGAUGCAUGCCGUGAUUGGGGUUUCUUUAUGCUAAUCAAUCACGGUGUGUCGGAGACACUGAGGGAGAAGGUGCUUAGGGAAGGCGAAAGCUUUUUCGAUCUGAGUCAGGAAGAAAAAAUGGAGUACGCGGGAGAGAAGAUACUUGAUCCUAUAAGAUAUGGAACAAGCUUCAAUCUCAUGGUUGACAAGACCUUUUUCUGGAGAGAUUAUCUCAAAUGUCUUGUUCACCCUCACUUCAAUGCUCCUUCUAAGCCUCCCGCUCUCAGGGAAACUUUAGAGGAAUACAGCAGAAAGGGUAAGGGAGUGGUUGAAGAGUUGCUGAAAGGAAUAUCUCUAAGCUUAGGGCUUGAAGAAAACUACAUACACAAAAGGAUGGAUGUAGAGAUGGGGUGUCAGGUGCUUGUUAUCAACUAUUACCCACCAUGCCCUAAGCCUGAGCUUGUCAUGGGGCUUCCUGCACACACGGACCAUGGGAUUCUCACCCUCCUUAUGCAUAACGAGCUUGGAGGGCUUCAAAUUCAACACAAGGGUAACUGGAUUCCUGUCAACCCCUUACCCAAUUCCUUUCUCUUCAAUACUGGGGAUCACAUGGAGAUACUAACGAAUGGGAGAUACAAGAGCGUUGUUCAUCGGGCUGUGGUGAACACAAAAGCCACCAGAAUUUCUGUUGGCACUGCACAUGGACCCAAUCUUGACACCAUAGUGGGUCCUGCACCAGAGCUGGUGGGAGAUGAUAAUCCCGCAGCAUAUCGUGCCAUCAAAUAUAGAGACUACAUACUGCUUCAGCAAAACAAUGAACUCGAUAGAAAGACAUGCUUGGAUCGUAUUCGGAUUUGA